ACACACGCUGCUGCAGAUCACGUGAUUAGACGCCGCCUCUCCCUGUCUGCUGCGAGGAGGUUUGGUGGUCACGUCUGAGGUCACGCAGCCCGGUUUGUUUGCAGCCGUGUUACAGAAUGGGUGUCGAUUGGUUUGGUUAUGGAUAUGCUGCGCUGGUAGCUUCUGGAGGAAUUAUUGGUUACGUUAAAGCAGGCAGUGUUCCAUCUCUGGCAGCCGGCCUUCUGUUUGGGAGUUUAGCUGGUCUGGGCGCCUAUCAGAUAUCCAAUGAUCCAAAGAACGUAUUAGUUUCACUAAUGGCAUCUGGCACCUUAGCCGGUGUUAUGGGCUUCCGGUUCUACAAUUCUGGAAAAUUCAUGCCUGCGGGAUUAAUUGCGGGAGCCAGUCUGCUAAUGGUCGGAAGACUUGGGCUGAAGAUGUUGCAGAAGCCCCAUAACCCGUGAUGAGAACGAAUCGCUGCUCUGUAAUUGAUGUAUUUACGUAUGUGGUACCUGGCUAACUUUCUAAGUAAAAUCGCAAGUUUUUACAAAAUA